AUGAGUCCUAUUGAAGCAAAAGAUAUUAAAAAUAAACCAAAACCUAAACGAAAUAGAGUUCCAGUUUCUUGUCUUUCAUGUAAAAAAAGAAAAGUUAAAUGUGAUAAAGCUAAACCUUCAUGUGGUGGAUGUAUCCGAAAUGGUGUUGGUCAUUUAUGUCAAUACAUUGAUCCACCAUGGUUAGAUAAAGAUCAUAUAAAUAAUGUUCAAAAUGGUCAUAGUGUAUGUACUUCGGUAGUCUCAACUCCAAUUAAUAUUGUACAAACUGAAGAGUAUAAACUGUUGAAAAGUAAUAAUGAAAAUAUAAUUCGAAACCAAAGGAAAGAAAUUGAGGAUUUAAAAAGACAAAUACUGGUUAUUCAACAAUUGUCACCAAAAGAUUCAUCAAAUAACUUAGCAUCUCAGGUAUUAUGUAAGAGAAUCACAGUUUUGAAUAAACUAAGUCCAUUACCCGCAAAUAAAGAAAAGUUGGAAAUUUUAAACGAUUUUACUAUUUUGGCACCCUCAUCAUUAUCUACCAAAGCACAAUAUAUUGAUACUUAUAGUUGGAUAAAUUUAAUCAAACUAGAUCCACAAUUGACUACAUUAUGGUUUAAAAUUACAAAUUUACAAAAAAUUUAUCAUAUGUAUAAAAUGAAUAUUCUUAAAGAUAAUACAAAUACAAAUACAAAUUUAAAACCAGUUGCAAAUGGAGCUACUAAAAAGAAUUUUAAAAUUAAUGAAAUUGACUUCACGUAUUCCUUUAAUUCACAAUCUAGUCCGUCACCAAAUCAGACUCCACAACCACAAAGUAAAUGUCCAGUUAUAGAAUGUGAUUUUAAUUUUAUGGUUGAAGAUGCUAUUUCAAAUGCAAGUGAUUCUCCAUUUAAACAAAAUAUAAACACAACUACACCAAAACCAAAAGAAGAUGAAACAGUUCAAAUUUCACCAGAAUAUUCUAAUAAUUCAUUAGUUUUACAAAAUAAAUUGAUUAAAUUGUACGAAGUGAUAACUAAUAUAACGAGGGGUCAAAAAUUAAAUUAUAAACAAGUUACAUUUUUACUAGAUUAUUAUUUCCAUUCAGAUUUCGAAUCAAAGAGAAUAUUAUUAUUUUAUAAAUCUGAGAUCCAAAGCAUUUUACAUAAAGAAAAUGAUGAGAUACAAUUGAGCUUACCACAAGAUGAAGAUAAUUACCAUCAAUUGAAAAUUACAGGAAUGUAUAUUUCAAUGUUGGCUAUUAUAGUUGAAGAAACAUUAGAUUAUUUAAGAAAUUUAAUUAGAAAUGAAGAAGAAGAUAAUACUUCAUAUAUAAGUGAACAAUUUAAAUCUCAUUUCCCUAAUGAAUUAGUAUAUUUGAAUCUUGGUCCAAAACAAACAAAUAUUUUAUAUAUGGUACAGGAUUUAAUGAUUAAUUUUAUAAAGAAUGAAACUAAUUCAUUAUCUGCAAUUGCAAUAGUAUUAACAUUAUUAAAUAAAGAGGUAGAUGAGUAUAAAAAACCAGGUUCAAGUAUAAUUGAUACAAAACUGUCGUUUACUUUAUUAUUUACAAAUUUUUUACAAAUGUUAUUGAAUAAGAAUACUAUUGAAAUAUGGAAAGAUCCUGAAUUAAUCGAUUUUAAAGAAUUUUCGCCACAUCAAAAGAUUAAAAAGAGAAGUAAGCAUUUGAAGUUACAAUUUUGUAAUUUAUGGACUGAUAUUGUGAGAUUAACAAAUUUAGUUACUUUUAAUCUUGUUCCAUUAAUUGAUCACAAUGAGAAUUUGGAUAAACUAUUAAAAGAAAUUUAUUAUAAAAUUCAAAUAUCAGACUCUUUACAAUCUCAUUUGGGAUACUUAACAAGUAUUGGAGAAAAUCAAUUAAUUAUAUCGUUACAUAUUCAUUAUUUAGUUGCUAGUAUUUCGUGUUCUUUAUGUUAUGGUAUUAAAAGUAUUGGCCUUCCAAAUUUGAUAGUUGAUAAUUUACGUACACUUAUUAAGCAAUGUCAAACAUGGUCAAAUGAUGUUGGAUUACAAAGAAUCAAUGAAACUAGAAAAAUUGAAAUUGUGACAAUAUUAAAUUAUUUAAAAUAUUUCAUGACUUAUAUUCUAAUGUUACAAGCUGAAGAAUCAAUGGAUUUAGAUUUAUUACAAAGUAUAAUACCUGAUAUUUUUAUAAAAUUGGUUCAAUUUAUUGAUCAAUUAAAAAUAAGUGGAUUUACAACAAAUGAUCAAAGUCAGUAUAUUUAUUUAAUGAUUACUGAAUUAUUAACAAGAUCAAUUCAGUUUAUAAUUGGAUUAUUAAUGAGAUUAAAAGACGAUCAAAAUAAUUUAAUCAAACAGUAUAGUAAAAAUAUAACCACUGAGUUUGGUAGCAUUGAUGAUUUAAUGAAUAAAAUUAUCCAGAAAAUAACUCAAGAGAUUGAAUUUCUUGAAAAGGUAUUAAUUAAUAAAAAUAAAUUAACUAAAUUAUCCAAAUUAUGGAAAUUUUAUUUAACAUUUUUACAAAAUUCAAAACAAAUGAAUUAUGCAAAAUUACAUGCUGGUAUACCUGAAUUUACUAAUACUGGAGCAGCAAAUAAAUGUCCAGUAUUAUCUGAAUCAACUACAACUUCCACAAAUUCUCCGAUUUCAAUCAAGAAAGACUUUUCAAAAUGUCCAAUAUCACAAAUUACGACACCUAUGGAUGAUGAAGAGAUAAAACCACCAAUUAAAAAAGCUAAGAAAUGCCCAUUUGAUCAUACGUCAAUGAUUAAACCAAAUCAUCAUGUAUUCAAUCCAAUUGAAUCUAAUAUUAGACAAGAUUAUAAAACACACUCACCAAGUCCUUUGUCUAUGGUUGAAUCAACACCAUCUCAAUUACAAAAUCAACCAGUAAAUAUACAACAACCACCAUCAGCAGCAACUCCACAAUUACCUCAACAAUUACCACCACAACAACUGACUAAUUUUUCAAUUUCAGCUACAAAUUCAAUAUCAAAUGAGUUAGAACCUAUCGAAUUUGAUAUUUUAAAUCAAUUUAAUGAUUUUGAUUUUAAUUUUUUAAAUAAUGAGAAUUUAUUAGAGCAUUUUAAUAUGGAGAAUAGUAAUAGUAUUAAUAAUGUAGAAGGGUUCUUUCAAUAGUUUAUAGUUUAUAGUUUAAAUGGAAAUGGUUUAAUGAUAAUAAGAAAUUUUGACGAUAAAAAUAAUUUAUUUUUUCGCAGCAAAAAAUCUCAUGAAAAAUAAUCAAAUCUCGUAUCAAGCACAUAACCAUCGGGCCCAUUUUAAUGAAUAGAUUUAAUACUUAUGUGAGGUCAAGUAAUAAUAGAUUAUUACGGACAAAACUACACCAGAAAUAUUUUAUAAAUAAUAGACUAUAUACUACAACAAAUACCAAUAAAAAAACAAGUUAUUCAAAAUAUUUCAAAUAUGGGGUGGCUAUUGGUUUAACUUCAACUGUUUUAUAUUAUACUUCUGAUAGAUUCAAACAUGAAAUUUUAACUAUAGAUCGAGUAAAUACCGUUACUAUUGCCAUGAUUAGAUGUUUUUGGUUAUAUAAACAAACAUUAGAUAAGCAAUACCCAACUCAAAAAGAACGUAAUGAAGAAUUAUCCAAAACUCAUCAAAAAGCUGCAAAUAUAACAUUAAAAGCUUUGGAGAAAAAUGGAGGUGUUUAUAUCAAAUUAGGUCAACAUAUCUCUGCAUUAACUUAUUUAUUACCUAAAGAAUGGACAGAAACAAUGAUUCCAUUACAAGAUAAAUGUCCAAGAUCAAGCAUGGAAGAAAUUGAAAAUUUAUUUGAAACUGAUUUAGGUGCGAAAUUAAAUGAGUUCUUUUCUGAAUUUGAUCCAAAUCCAGUUGGUGUUGCAUCAUUAGCACAAGUUCAUAUUGCUAAAUUGAAAUCAACUGGUGAAAAAGUUGCUGUUAAAAUUCAACAUCCAAGUUUAAAAGAAUUUGUACCAUUAGAUGUUAAAUUAACAAGAAUGGUAUUUGAUUUAAUGUAUAAAGUUUUUCCUGAAUAUCCAUUAACUUGGUUAGGUGAUGAAAUGCAAAAUUCAAUAUUUGUGGAAUUAGAUUUUACAAAAGAGGCAGAGAAUUCAAAGAGAACAGCUGAAUAUUUUAAAAAUUAUCAAAAAGAAACAGCUUUAAAAAUACCACAAGUUAUAAAUGCAGAACCAAGAAUAUUAAUAAUGGAAUAUGUUGCUGGUGCAAGAUUAGAUGAUUUAGAAUAUAUGAAACGCUACCAUAUAGACACUUCAAAGGUUUCAUCAUGUUUGUCUCAUAUUUUUAAUAAUAUGAUAUUUAUACCUGGUGUUGGUCUUCAUUGUGAUCCACAUGGUGGUAAUUUAGCAAUUAGGAAACUAGAUAAAAGAAAAAAUGGUCAUAAUUUUGAAAUUAUCUUAUAUGAUCAUGGAUUAUAUCGAGAUAUUCCAUUACAAAUGAAAAGAGAUUAUAGUAAUUUUUGGUUAGCUGUCUUGGAUAAUGAUGUACCAAAUUUGAGAAAAUAUGCAGAGAAAUUUGCUGGAAUAAAAGGUGAACAGAAGUUUCUUAUAUUUAUGAGUGCUAUAACUGGACGAUCACCCGAAAAUGCAAUAAAUUAUAAUAUAAAAACAAGAAGAUCAGAAAAUGAAAUAAAUGAAAUACAAUCAACACUAAAUGAAGAAAAAGGUGUGCUUGAAGAUCUAAUGGAAAUUUUGAGUUCAAUGCCUAGAAUAGUUUUAUUAAUUUUAAAAACGAAUGAUUUGACAAGAAAUCUUGAUGAAAAUUUAAAAAGUUCAUUAGGUCCAGAACGUACAUUUUUAAUAAUGGCAAAUUAUUGUGCUGCGAGUGUUUAUGAUGAAAAUAAAGAGUAUAUAAAUAAAACUUAUAAAGGUAUUUCAUGGUUACUUCAUCAAUUUUCAAAUUGGUGGCAAUAUCAAAAGCGACUUAGUCAAUUAUAUAUUUAUGAUGCUUCCCUCAUGUUUAAAAGAUGGUUUAUUUAA